AUGGCUGAAGCCGAGGUCCCCGAGGUUCCGACUUACGACGUCCCUUCCCGUCUUUUGGGAAAGGACGGUCGUCCCGCUCCUCACAUCUCAGCUGACAAGUACAAGACCGACUAUCCCGAGUCGAUCAAUAACACUGACGACUUCUUCGGCAAGGCCGCCAAAGAGAUGAUCGACUGGGACGUUCCCUUCAAGACGGUGCGCUCCGGUGGCUUUGAGAACGGCGAUGUCGCUUGGUUCAACGAGGGUCGUCUCAACGCCGCCUACAACUGUGUCGACCGAUGGGCUCACAAGUACCCCGACCGUGUCGCCAUCAUCUACGAGGCCGACGAGCCCGGUCAGCACCAGGAGAUCACCUACUCGCAACUCCUCGUCCAGGUCUCGCAGGCCGCCAACAUGCUCAAGACGCUCGGAGUCAAGAAGGGCGACACCGUCAUCGUCUACCUUCCCAUGAUUCCCGAAGCCGCCGUCGCGCUCCUCGCCUGUGCGCGUAUCGGUGCUAUCCACUCGGUCGUGUUUGCCGGUUUCUCUGCCGACUCGCUCCGCGACCGUACCAACGACUGCGGUGCUCGCGUCGUCAUCACCACCGACGAGGGCAAGCGUGGUGGCCGCAACAUUGCCACCAAGAGCAUCGUCGAUGCGGCGCUCAAGGAGUGCGCCGGUGUCGAGCACGUCGUCGUUGUCAAGCGCACCGGCGGCCAGAUCAGCAUGGACGAGAAGCGCGACAUUUGGUGGCACGAGGCCUGCUCGCGCGAGCGCGCCUACUGCGCUCCCGAGCCGGUGAGCUCCGAGGACCCGCUGUUCAUCCUCUACACUUCGGGUUCCACGGGCAAGCCCAAGGGUGUCGUGCACGCCACGGCAGGCUACCUGCUCGGAACCGCGCUGACACUCCGAUACGUGUUCGACGUGCACCCGGACAAGGGCGAUCGAUUUGCGUGCAUGGCCGACGUCGGUUGGAUCACGGGUCACUCGUACAUUGUCUACGGUCCCUUGAUGAACGGUGUCACGACGCUGAUUUUCGAGUCGACGCCCGUGUACCCUUCGCCUUCGCGCUACUGGGAGAUUGUCGACCAGCACAAGCUCACGCAGUUCUACACGGCACCCACCUCGAUCCGACUGCUGCGACGAUUGGGCGACGAGCACGUCAAGAAGCACGACCUCUCUUCGCUGCGUGUCAUUGGUUCGGUGGGUGAGCCCAUCAACCCCGAGGCGUGGCACUGGUACAACGACAAUGUGGGCCGACAGCAGUGCGCCAUUGUCGACACGUACUGGAUGACCGAGUCAGGUUCGAUCAUGAUCACUCCUCUGCCCGGUGCCACCAAGACCAAGCCCGGUUCGGCGACGUUCCCCUUCUUUGGUAUCAAGCCCGUUCUGCUCGACCCCACUUCGGGUGAGGUUCUGGAGGGCAACAAUGUCGAGGGUGUGCUUGCCAUUGCUCAACCGUGGCCAUCGGUGGCUCGUACGGUGUACAACGACCACCAGCGAUUCCUGGACACGUACAUGCGCGCCUACAAAGGCUACUUCUUCACCGGUGACGGUGCUGCUCGUGACAAGGACGGCUACAUCUGGAUCAAGGGUCGUGUCGACGAUGUGAUCAACGUCUCUGGUCACCGUCUCUCGACCGCCGAGAUCGAGUCGGCGCUCAUCCAGCAUCCCGGUGUCGCCGAGACCGCCGUCGUCGGUAUCCCCGACGAGGUGACCGGCCAGACGAUCGCCGCAUACGUGACGCUCAAGCCCGAAUUCUCCUACGACUCAGAGGAGGCUCUCACCAAGGAGCUCGUCAUCCAGGUGCGAAGAAACAUUGGCCCCUUCGCAGCACCCAAGAAGAUCAUCAUCGUCUCGGACCUGCCCAAGACGCGAUCUGGAAAGAUCAUGCGUCGUCUGCUGCGCAAGUGCGCUUCGCACGAGACCGACAGCCUGGGCGACUUGAGCAGUUUGGCUGAUCCUUCGAUCAUCGACCACAUCAAGGAGAAGACCAACGCUUUUGACAAGAAGUGA